UCAGCCGGCCAAACAGGCGUCAGGCGACCCAGGCACAAGCUAUUCGUGUAGCCAUCGUUGAACCAACUGCCACUCUUUGGCCAAGAACGGACAUCGAGGAACUACUACCGCCGUUAGAACUGCGCUCCUGCGGCUAGCAGUACUGCAUCCGCCGGCAGUGCCGCAGUCAUAUCGCAGUGCUGCCUCCAAUAACGCUGGAAGAAAAGCGCGCAGAAACAUCAACGUAUUUUAGCUGAACAGCAACGAGCGUAGCAGUAAACGGAAACAUCUCAAUAGUAGAAAGUCGUGCGCUAGAGACCUUUGCUAGGACCUAUCAUGCAGAAUACUCGGUGUUUACGGGUACUGCCGACUUUUUCGGUGCUCGCUUAAACGAAGAAUGAGGAAGUCGUCGUUAUUGCUGAACAAUAGACAAACAGCAAUAAUUGCUGUAACGACACCUAGAACAAGAAAAGGGGCCAGCAUUGCUCAAGUAAACGCGAUUUGAUAAGGACAACAUCGUUCUCUAAUAGACACUUGCAGUGCUCCGACAGUCCUCGAUUUCCGUCGGCAGGCAUCCCGUGCCUAUUUAUAGGACAUGUCCACAGUCGCAAGAUACGCGCCUCUGCUCGUUCGUCGUAAAUGCUAAUUGUUUCUGUGUUGUGCUAAUUCUGUACCAAGUCGGAUAGACAUAGCAAUAGUUAAAUAUUUGACAAGGGCAAGACACGAGGCUUCUGCAACUGACCAUUGCGAACAGCCGGAGACUUCCGGUCGAAACCAGAAAAAUCAUAUUACUCGAGCUUUCGUCCACAUUGAGGAUCUACUAUUUAUUGUUGAGUGACCGUUCCAUCUAUUGUGACUGUAUCAAAGCGGCAACGGUGCAGGGGAAGAUAGGCUAUCACUAACAUUAUUUGUUGUAUUAUUCAAUGAGUUCAGCAUUUAUUUUCUGCUAGUGCCCGUAGCUGACCGCCUGCCCACCUGCUUCCAGAGCCUGAACGAAUACUACCUAAUACAUGUUCUUGGUGUAACGGCCAAUCAUGGCGAGAUGUGAUGAUCUCUGAGAAUGACGCGCACAACUAUUCGAACAAUCAAUCGUUGCUGUUUCUCUUUGCACAUGCAAAGACUUUUCGGUAGUGGUGUUGCAGUCGCGUUUUGCCACUGUCCCAGUUAAAGUGGUACAAACAGAUGGGGCAGGUUGCGGUUAUUACGUUUGCCGUUGAGCGAUGCUGUAAGAGGCAGGGUGUUGUCGACCCCCGUGGUAACUGAACUGUUUAUCCUCGUAGCUUGGCUGGACAAGAUACUUAGCGUAGUCGAAUAUGGUCGUAUGUAGCGAAAUCCAACAAAGUACAAUAUACAUAUCGGCUCGGUCAGUGCCGUAACUGUUUCACCGAUUCACCCUAGCAGCAUUAUAGACGGAGCGAAGUGACCAGCAGUCAUUUAGUAGUUAGCUGUUAUUAAUGCUGGUUUUACUGGAUGGGGCCGGCAAACACUUUGGUCCUUCUUGCUUCCCAGAAAUAGAGAAGUUACUGCUAGUUUAGAUGUAUGUAUGUGUGCAUGCAUGUACGUAAGAAGUAGACGACAAACGAACGCCAAUGGGCAGGCGGACGUUUCGAUCGUUCGUUUGCUUGCUAACAGCUGGUUGUCUCGGGGCCGCGGCCGUCGACUUUGUUCAUUCAAUAGUUCUCUCAGUACUACUUAUUGUCCAUAUCGUUAUUGCCGUUGUUGUUGUUCCCCCGCGAAAUGCUGAAGGCUAACUAAUCCUUUUCUAGGCCAUAUUUCUUCUCCACAUUGGCUGCAGUGAUCAUUGCUGCGGUCACACUCAUCGCUAUAGCUGCUCCCUAGAAAAGCAUUAUGACGCCGUCAGGCUUUUGGCCUAAGGUUGUUUCUAGAAGAUAGUUAGUUGGUAGCUAAGCAAAUAAUUCGAACAGAAAAACGCCAGCAACGGCGUCAUGGUGUAUUGAGCGUCUGUAAUUUUGAUAUUCGACCUCGAGCGGAUGCCCUGCAUGCGACCAAUGUAUAGACAUGUAACUUUGCUACCACUUCAGUAGCUAUUAUUGCGAGCGUGUUUUUGUGGGUGCGUUAGCGAGUGAACUCGUGUGUCUGUGCGGAUGCCAGUGUCUGCCGUUUUUCCUUUAAUAUAUAUAUAUAAUCUAUCUGAUGAUGUGUGUGGUAAGCGUACGUGUGUGAUGCUUUAUCGUUCGUGUGGAGUGUCGCUACGUCCGUGCGACUGUAGAGCGUCCAGUUUCGAAGCGGAUAGCGUCGGUUCGUAUUCAAUGCCUAUAGCCCAUUUGCGAAAUUUCAGGUGGCGAGCAUCUCGUUCACGAUCUGACUAAAACCUUGUAGGCGGAUCAGGUCCGCUCUGCGCCGCGCCGCCAGGGCACUAAAGAAACUUGUGCCGAAGCGGCCAAUAGUGGGGAACUCUACACGAAGUACUGUUGCGGCAACAGCAUCGGCAAUGACAAUCGAGGAUAUCAGCGAACACGGAGCCAACAUCGGCAGGUUUCAACAAAGCAAGUGAACUGUGAACAGCAAGAGAGGAAUAUCGUUACCAACACAGCCGUCGCAACGGUAGAAGCGUUUGAAAAACGUGUCGGUGGCAGGUUGGAUCGGUCACGCUUAGACAGUGAAUGGUCGACCGCCUAAUCGUUGGAUCCUAAGCGACGAACUAGACGAUAGCUGCUGUUGCUGCGGCAGCGACUGGCUGAGAAUUGUACCCACGUAUUGUGUACCAGAACAAUAAACAGUCAAAGGGUGCCAAAAUAUGAAUGCUUUGUGCGCGCCACAGUGGAAUACUCGCGACCGUAAGGCAGGCGUACAUACAUAAAUACCUAGCAUAAUGCGCUACGAGAAACCAAAUUAGAUCAAGCAAAAAGAUAGAACGUUUCGGUUAUCCUGCAAGUGGUCUGUCUCGUACUCUCCCUGUCUAUCCGAUAUAGGUGUAUCUAUGGGGCCGUAUGUAACGGUGUUAUUAGUAUCAACAUUCCGUUCCACCCUGUGGUGAACGUAAACUACAAAUUGACUUGCAUAAUUGGCCUUGCACUGUCGCCUGUUCCUGCACUUUCCUGAACGAUUAUCGCUGAACGGUCGAGCAAGGCGCUUAGCCUGCGAGUUGCUCUCCAUCCAGGAGUCACGGGCGGCCUAAAGGCUACCGACUGCCAUCGACCUACAAGCGGCGCACGGUAUAUUGCGACAAGGACAAAGUCUCGAUUGGCAGCUAAAGGAAAUCACGCCUGCGUAGUCGAAGCAACGAUACGAUAUGAAGCCCGCUGCAGCAUUUUCCAGUCAGAACUCUGUGGACAAGGGCAAUUCAGCAUUGCCAAAACAAGCCGUAAAGGAGAAUCCAAACUGCAACAAUGAAUCUGCUGAGGGCGAAAUUAAAGGGGCAGGGCAGGCCAGUAUUCAAACCAGCAGUGUUUGCACCGAUCCACCAGCGCCCGCUGCAGAGGCUGAAUUUAAUGGCGGCCUUCCGGCCGAUAGUGCUCAACUUGGUGAAACCAGUACAGCUCGUGAGCCCCGAAGAACUCGUAAAAAUGGACUUAGUCAGGGACUCCGCGAAAAGGUCAAAUCAAAAUAUCUGCCGAAAACCGCUAAUCUGAUGGUUCGAUAUAACAAGCUUGGUUCUCAGUUCGCAGACUUUUCCAACAAUGUCGCGUUUCUCACUCGCUGCGCAAAUAUGAUGAUGGUACCCAAGAGUCAUCGCGUAUACAAUGAUCACGUCCGAAACACCCGAGCAGUGGUACGCCUACUCGACCAAUGCUCCUACCGAGUUAUGAUCGCCGAUCUCGAGCACAAUCGCCGUAGGAAAUACCAGGUUAUGAAGAAUCGCGAACGCAUCGAGAUCCGACUGAAGGAUAUUAUGUCUCCAGAGGACUUCGAAGAAGUGCGUAAAAUAUGUGACGAAAAUCGCGAAGUUCACUUUACUGAAGUUAAGGAGCGCCAACGGAAGGAGUAUCAGGAUCUGCUUGACGAGUACAAAACCCACGAAACCAAGAAAACCAGGAGGAGGAACAAUUCCCACCGUACUGAAGGGGAGUCAUCAGUUUCCCCCAACCCAGCUGCUGAACACCGUGAUCAAAGGGACGAAGCUCACGGUGCUGCGGGAGGCAGCUACCAAAACAAAAACGAGAAGCCUAACGGCAAAGAAGUGUCGGAUACAGGUGGCAGCGCCGAGAUAAAGAUUGCUUCUAACAAUGAAAGCGUCUCCAAGAACUCAAAAAACGACGAUAAAUCGCGUCACGAUAGCGAACUUCCUUCUGCAUCGCAAAAGAAUGUUGGAACUGGUAGCCUAGCGUUGGCGAGGGCUCCUAAGGACAAAACGGAAAAAGAUGAUAAGUCUAACAGUAAAAAAGCGUCGAACAAAAGUAGUAACAUCGAGGUGAAGGCUGUUUUUAGUAAUGAAGGCCUCGCCAAAUACUCGAAAGGAGAAUCUUCAACGAAGAACGAUGGCAAGUCACUAAAUGACAGCGACCUUUCUUCUACAUUGCAGAAGAAAUCUGGAACUGAUGUCCAAGAGUUUGCGGAAGCUUCAAAGGAGAAAGCCAAGGAGACUUCUGCCUCGGUCAAGCCGAAAACGAACACUGACGAAUCUAGCAAGGGCAAGUAACAAUGGCUAUAGAGACUUCGAGAGAAAACUGAACGAGUGCGGAGUCGAAGGAAGUCGGAAAAUGAGGAGUGUAGGAGAUGCGCUUCCGUCCAUCAACGACAGGCAGGCUGAGAGAUAGAAAA